AUGGGCAGCGACACAAUCUCCAAGGCGCCCGUCCAGACACAUUCGUCUCACCCUGACGAUGACAGCCUCAAGGGUGGGGAACGACUCACCGUUAACGAGAAUCAUGUGCUCCAGGAUCGCAAGAUUGGAGUUCUGGGAGCCAUCUCGCUGAUUGUCAACAAGAUUAUAGGUGCCGGAAUCUUCUCCACCCCCUCGACCAUCUUCAAGCUCUCCGGCAGUGUCGGGCUGUCGCUACUGCUCUGGGUGAUUGCGGGGAUUAUCUCCGCCUGCGGGGCGUUGGUCAUGCUGGAGUUCGGCAGUGGGAUCCCUCGCUCCGGGGGUAUCAAGGUGUACCUGGAGCGAUCCUUCGCUCCCAAGCGCAUGCAGACGUGCAUCUACCUCUUCUUCUGCCUGUUCCUGCAGGUGUCUGCCAGCAACGCGAUCACCGCCUCCGAGUACCUCCUGUCCGCUGCCGGGGUGGAGUCAACGACCUGGAAGGAACGCGGGCUGGCCAUCGCAGCGGUCUCCUUCGCCGUGGGUGUGCACACGGUGGCGCCCCGGGUGGGACGGGCGAUGCAGGAUGUGCUGAGCAUGGUCAAGCUCUUCACGCUGCUGUUCAUCGUGUGCACGGGGUUCGCCGCGCUGGCGGGGCAUCUCCGCAUCCCCAAGCCUCACAACUUCGACGUCAAGACCUCCUUCGAGGGCACCUCGAACAAUGGGUACGAUAUCGGCACCGCCCUCCUCGACGCCAUCUUCUCGUACCAGGGCUACGAUAAUGUGAAUGCCGUUUUGUCUGAGGUCAAGAACCCCGAACACACCCUCCGGAUCGCCCUUCCUUGCGCCAUGGGCAUCAUCACCGUGUUGUAUGUCCUGGCUAACGUGGCUUACUUCGCCGGCGUGCCCAAAGAAGAAUUCCGCACCGCCAGCGUCACGAUCGCAGCCAGCCUGUUCCGCAACGUCUUCGGCGAGACCGCGGCCACGCGAGCCCUACCCGCCCUCGUAGCCCUAUCCGCCAUCGGCCAUCUCCUAGGAGUGGCAUUCGUUGUCCCGCGCCUCCUCCAAGAACUCGCCAAAGACGGCAUCACCCCGUUCCCGGACGUCAUGAUGCAGAACCGGCCGUUCAAGACCCCAAUCGCCGCGCUGAUCGUGCACCUCGGGGUGACUGUCCUGUUCAUCUGCGCCCCGCCGGCAGGCGACGCCUUCAGCUUUGUCGUCGGGCUCUCCUCGUACCCGAUGUGUCUGAUGCUGACGGCCAUCACGGUGGGGCUGGUGAAGAUGCGCCUCUCGCGGACCGGGGAAGGGUGGUCGUCCUCCUACACGGCGCCGUGGCCGGUGAUUGGGUUCUAUCUUGCUGCGAAUAUUUUCCUCCUGGUCAUGCCGUUUGUGCCGCCCAACUCGAGUACGUCCAGUAUUCCGUAUUGGUUGAGUCCUGUCGUGGCGUUGGGGAUCCUGGGGCUAGGCGUGGUGUACUAUCUUCUGCGCUUUGUGGUGCUGCCCUGGCUGUUUGGGUAUAGUCUCCAUCCCGUGACGAAGGAUUUGACCGAUGGGUCGCAGGUGACGCGGUUCUUGAUGCUGAAGAAGCGGCGGUAG